AUGAAGACUCUAUUGAAGAAAGUUUUACGCAUGUUUACGAGCUCAAAUGAAAAACAAGUAAAUUCUCUUCCUGACAAUAAACACGUUGUUUUGUACUACACAAGCUCAAAGGUAAUUCCGCAGACAUAUGCAGAUUGCUGUACUGUAAUUUCUAUUCUGGAAACCCUAAACAUUUCCUUUCAGCAAAGAGACGUUUUCCUCGGCAGAAAAUAUUUGGAAGAGAUAAAAGACCUGUUAGGAAAAGAAGUUAGUCUUCCUCAGCUAUUUGUUAGAGGAAAACAUGUUGGAGGAUACCAGAGAAUACUGGAGUUAAAUCAAAGUGGAAAGCUGAAGAAAAUGUUGAAUUGUUACAGAAGCGGGAAUUUAAGGGAAUUGUGUAAGGGGUGUGGCAAUUUAAGGCAUAUUGUCUGUUUUGUUUGCAGUGGAAGUAAGCGAUUUUACAGGGAUGAUAUAGAUGAAAUUGCCAGGUGUAAUAUUUGUAAUGAGAAUGGGCUGUUGCCUUGCCAUGUUUGUUUGAUGGGAGCUGUUAACCCUAAGAAUCAGCGGAAUAGCUUUGGUAGGGUUUGGCGAUGGAGUAUUUAA